CCUUACGUUGAUUAUAAUGGGACCCAAAUCAAUGAAUGACCACCGUUGGCGGUGCAAAUCACUUCCUUUCGAUGUGGUGGCAUCUGCUUAGGCAUGGGGAUAUCACACGUAGUAGCAGAUGGAGCAGCGUCAAUGCUGUUCAUUACUACAUGGGCCCAAAUGGCUCGUUCCAACAUAGUAGAUCCAGAGUUGACGCCAUUUCUUGAUAGGACUGUUCUACAUCCUAGAGUUCAGAAUGAGGAGGACACGCCCAAGUUCGACCACAUAGAGUACAAGCGACCACCAAUGUUGGUGGGUCAAGUGGACGAGAUGGAGGAGCAGAAGAAGGAAACCACUGUGGCUGUACUAAAGCUGAGCUCUGACCAAGUAGAGCUCCUGAAGAGAGUAGCUAAUGAAGGACGAGAAAACAAUGGCAACGUAGAUAAUCGUGAGUACAACCGGUAUGAGUCCUUAGCGGGACACAUAUGGAGAUGUGCGUCCAAGGCGCGAAUCGUGAGUACAGCCGGUAUGAGUCCUUGGCGGGACACAUAUGGAGAUGUGCGUCCAAGGCGCGAAUCGUGAGUACAGUCGGUAUGAGUCCUUGGCGGGACACAUAUGGAGAUGUGCGUCCAAGGCGCGAGGAUUGGUGAAUGAGCAAGAGACCAGGUAAAAGUCUUAGUUGACUGCCGUCGUCGCUUAGGACCAGAUUUUCCGGCCAAUUACUUUGGAAAUGCAACGUUCCCAACAACCCCAAUGGC